AUGGGACCCCACAAAGACAGACUGAAGAUGGCGGUUCUAUUCUUCUUAGCUUCGGUUGUUUGUGCGCAAACCAAGGCUGGACACAAGGCUAAUGAUGUUUUGGAGGUGUUCCAGAGAGCAGUGGACGAUCUUGACUACUGCAAGUCCUUUCCGUGGGGGAGAUUGUCAUAUGAUUACAUGCUGAAAGAGAUAUCUCACACAAUGGAGCAUUUUGGAGGAGUGGUGAAAGAGAAAACAUUAUGGCCGCUUCCAGGAUUUUGUGUUCCAUUAGAGCUUCUUGCAUUCGAGGCAAUUCCCAAGCUAGGAGUUGCGUUCAGAGAGCCUGUUGAUGGAGCUUCUCCCAACUGUCCGAGGAUGUGA